UUGUUUCCAAUUUUUUGUUAGUCAUUUGUGCGCUCGAAUAAUCAAUAAAUUAAACUGACAAAUGGUUUACCAUGGUGAAUAAUUGUUCCUAUUCCUAAUUAUCUUUUAGUAUUUCACGUGGCAUGAUCUUCUAGACAAAACCUGGUAUUUAUGGAGCAUACUAGAUGUGCUUCUCUAUUAAAUGCACGAUAUAUUUAUUCAUUGUGUGACUUUUGCCCUACAUCGGGUUCCAGUUUCAUCUGAAUCUAUUGAUAGUGAAGACACUACUGCUCACUGUGCUUUGAGGUCUCUUAGAACAAGGUUUUUAACUAGUCAAUUUAGACAAUUAUAGAUGGUGUACUUUGCUGUGGUUGGACUGAUUUCGAUGUUGAAUACAGCUAAAAAAGUAGCGUCUUUUGCUUUAGCUUGGGGACAAUUCGUUCAUACAGACAUAGAAUCCAAAAACUAGCAGCAAGAAGUUGAAUGCAAAGAGAAAGGUGCUCAACCUUCUUAGACUGUCCAAAGAGACAGGUAAAACCUGAAGUUGUUAGCUGGUCACCACGUAUUAUUGUGUUUCAUAACUUCUUAAGUGCCGAGGAGUGCGAUUACCUCAGAGCCAUUUCCAAACCUCGUCUUGAGGUUUCUACUGUAGUGGAUGCAAGAACUGGAAAGGGUAUAAAGAGUAAAGUCAGGACAAGCUCUGGAAUGUUUCUAACAGCUGAAGAAAGGAAGUAUCCAAUGAUACAGGCAAUUGAGAAACGGAUAUCUGUGUAUGCUCAAGUACCAGUAGAAAAUGGGGAACGUAUACAGGUUUUGAGGUAUGAAAAGAAUCAGUUUUAUAGGCCACACCAUGACUAUUUCUCUGAUACAUUCAAUUUGAAGUACGGUGGUCAAAGAGUGGCAACCAUACUCAUGUAUCUAAGCGACAAUGUUGAGGGGGGAGAAACAUACUUCCCAAAGGCUGGAUCUGGCGAGUGUAGCUGUGGGGGGAAGAUGGCCAAAGGAUUGUGUGUGAAGCCGAAUAAGGGAGAUGCUGUGCUUUUCUGGAGCAUGGGUCUUGAUGGAAAAUCGGAUCCGAACAGCUUACAUGGUGGAUGUGAAGUACUAUCAGGAGAGAAGUGGUCAGCCACAAAAUGGAUGAGACAAAGCGCUACUAUAUAAAAUUAUCAGCAUGAGUUGAGUAGGUACACAAGCCAUGAUAAGCGGCUACUGUAAACAUGUAACAAAUGAAAAUUUGCUGAGAUAAAAGGGUUUUUAAUUGCUUGACAACUCUUUCCUUUGUGUGCAAGAUUGUUGCCUCGGAUGAAAGGGGAUUUUUGUGUGUUUGAGUGGUUUUCUACGUUUUUUUACCUUUCUUGUGUUUUUGUGUGCGCGCGUGUGUUAAGGAAGGGUACACAUAUGAUUAUGUAUGAUUUGUGGUAAUAUUCUUCUAUUUAAGAAAGUUGUAAGAAAAGCAAUUAUUCAAGUA